AUGGCCAGUAUGGAGGACUACCGUAAGGGCAGCAAGGAGAAGCACUCCAGUGAUGUGCAGGCGCCGGAUAUCCAGGUGGCCUUUGUGGCCGAAAACGCUGACCAGCUUCAACGUCACCUGAACAAUCGACAGAUCCAGCUCAUUGCCAUCGGAGGUUCGAUUGGAACAGCGUUGUUCGUGAGCAUUGGAAGUGGUCUCUAUCAUGGCGGUGCGGCGAACUUGUUCCUCGCCUACCUCAUCCACAGCUGUGUGUUGGCCAUGGUCAACAACUGUAUCGCCGAGAUGAGCACGGCAUUCCCAGUCAGCGGUGGCUUCAUUCGUCUCGCAGGUAAAUGGGUAGACGAUGCCCUCGGCUUCAUGUGUGGCUGGAACUUCUUCUUUUACGAAGCUCUCCUGAUCCCGUUUGAGAUCUCGGCCUUUACUCUCGUGGCGUCUUUCUGGAGUGACAAGCUCACCGAGCCGGGCCCUAUUGCUGGCGUCGUGGCUGGUAUCGUUAUAGCCUAUGCCUCUAUCAACAUUCUUGCUGUCCGAGCGUACGGAGAAGCCGAGUUCUGGCUCUCUGGUGGCAAGGUCAUUCUGAUCUUUUCUCUCUUCUUCUUUACCUUUAUCACCAUGGUUGGCGGCAACCCCAAACACGAGGCCUAUGGUUUUACGAACUGGAAACAUGGAGGGGCGUUCCGAGAAUAUAUUCAUACGGGCGACUUAGGUCGAUUCCAAGGGUUCAUUGGUGCCUUGACCUCGGCGGUAUUCACCAUCGUCGGUCCCGAGUACAUUUCCAUCGUCGCCGCCGAAGCAAUCCGCCCGCGCGUUUAUAUCAAGGCCGCGUUCAAGAUGGUCUACCUCCGAUUCGGUAUCUUUUUCAUCGGCGGAGCUUUCUUUGUGGGUAUUGUUUGCGGUUCCCGAGACCCGGGCUUGGUGAAUGUCGUCGAAGGCGGGAGCGGAGUCGGGGCCGGAGCAUCACCGUAUGUGAUUGCGAUGAAAAAUAUGGGCGUGCACGUCUUUCCACACAUCGUCAACGCACUUCUGUUGACGUCAAUCUUCUCGGCGGGCAACACUUACACGUAUGCCGCCACACGCACGCUCUACGGCCUGGCGCUGGAGGGACGGGCACCACGCAUCUUCGCACGCUGUACUAAGAAGGGAGUCCCAAUCUGGAGUUUCUGUGUUGUCAUGAUUUUCCCGCUGCUCUCUUUCCUGCAGUGCUCGAGCAGUUCGUCUAUUGUGGUCACUUGGUUCGCCAAUAUCGUGACUGGGGGAGGACUCAUCGAUUUCAUCAUCAUGACGAUCACCUACAUCCAAUUCUACAAUGCCUGUAAGGCGCAAGGGUUCGAUCGCAAGAGUCUUCCCUAUACGGGCUAUCUGCAGCCAUUCUGUGCCUACUUUGCUCUCGUCUGGCUGGUCAUUGUCACGGCCAUUUAUGGCUACACGAGCUACACGCCCUGGAACACGUCCAACUUCUUCUCCAACUACACCAUGCAACUGUUCAUUCCCUGGCUCUUUUUGAUUUGGAAGAUCAUCAAGCGGACCAAGUGGCUGCGACCGCAGGAUGUCGAUCUCGUGUGGGAGCGGCCCAUUAUCGACGCAUACGAGGAGACCUUCUUGGAUCCGCCGGUGGGCUUCUGGCGAGAGUUCGCCCAAUUGUUUGGUCUGGCGAAGAUCGAGGGCGGAAACGACAAGCGGCGUCCGAGUGUGGUCAAUCCAAUGGAGAACGGGGAGGCAGAAGAGUUCAAACACGCAUAG